AUUCCGCACCCACACUUUAUCCACUUCCCCUAAUGAUGGGUCAGGUGUAGUGUCGUGGAGUCGUAAAUUCGUGUAUCGCAAUAACAACCAAAGGAAUAAAGGAUCGCUUAUUGACAAACGAACAUUGCAAACUGGUUCAUUUCACACCAAUUGUUAAAAUUGUAGCACAUGAAUUUUAUCAACUUCUUUUACUCGUUGGUUUGAAAAAUUUUCCUAAAAUGGCGAACACUCCAAGUUUACCAGUUUCGCUGCUAAUAGCUAGCAAAUCUCAGUCUGUAGGUAGUGAACCUCAAAAGAAAACUCGAGAAGACUGGAGAAAGGCAAAAGAGCUAGAAGAAGCCAGGAAAGCAGGAACUGCACCAGCUGCAGUAGAUGAAGAAGGCAAAGAUAUCAAUCCUCACAUUCCGCAGUAUAUUUCUUCAGCGCCAUGGUAUUACAACACUGUUGGACCAACACUAAAACAUCAAAGACCUCAAGAGGAUGAUAAACAAAAACAGUUGGCCAAAGUUGGUGAUUGGUUUCAGCGGGGGGUGAAUCUUGAUUCCCUUACAACCAAAUUCCGAAAAGGAGCUUGUGAAAACUGUGGAGCAGUGACUCAUAAGAAAAAAGAUUGUAUGGAAAGACCAAGGAAAGUAUUGGCAAAAUUCUCUGGUGCAGAAAUAGCCCCAGAUGAGUUUAUCCAACCUGAUCUUAAACUUGACUUUGAUGGAAAACGUGACCGUUGGAAUGGCUAUAAUCCAACUGAACAUUUGGGCAUUAUAGAAGAAUUUGAAAAAGUUGAAGACACUAAGCGCCAACUGAAAGCUCAGAGGCUAAAUACUGGAGAUGAAGAUGAAGGAGGAGAAGAAGAAAUGGAUGGUGAUGAAGAUAAAUAUGUUGAUGAAGUUGACAUGCCUGGAACAAAAGUGGAUUCUAAGCAGAGAAUUACAGUUCGUAAUCUAAGGAUUCGUGAAGAUACUGCCAAAUAUUUACGAAAUCUGGAUCCUAAUUCAGCCUACUAUGAUCCAAAAACUCGUUCAAUGAGGGAAAACCCCUAUAAAGAUACUGGAAAAGAAGCUGAACAGGUUGACUAUGCUGGUGAAAAUUUCAUUCGUUUUAGUGGGGACACUUCAAAACAUGCACAGGCUCAAUUGUUUGCAUGGGAAGCUCAACAUGCCGGUGUUGACGUACAUUUAUUAGCUGAACCCACCAAGGCUGAGAAACUUAAAGUCGAGUAUGUUGGGAAGAAAGAAGAAAUCAAAAGCUCCAUUCAAGAGAGUAUCUUAGAACGUUAUGGUGGUAAAGAACAUCUGCAAGUUCCACCCAAAGCACUCCUACUUGCUCAAACCGAACAAUACGUGGAGUACUCUCGAGCUGGAAAAAUUAUCAAAGGGGCUGAAAAACCAGUUGUAAGCUCCCGCUAUGAAGAAGAUGUGUACAUAAAUAACCAUCAAUCGGUUUGGGGCUCUUAUUGGAAGGAUGGUCAAUGGGGAUUCCAGUGCUGUUAUUCUAUGAUAAAGAACUCGUAUUGCACCGGUGAGAGAAGCAAAGAUAUCGAAGAAGAAAAAAUCCCGUCUUCGACUGUUGCUAUAAAUGCAAACAAAAUUGUGACACAAGAUUCGGAUGACGGGAACACAGACAGCCAUGACGAUAGCCAAGAAGAAAAAUUUGAGGAAAAGCAGUUGCCUCCACCAGAAGUCGUCAAAGACACAAAAGACUACGAAAAAUCGGAAGCCAGAAGGAAAAAGAAGAGAGAUAAGAAGAAGAAAAAGAAAUCACACAAAAAAUCAGUUGGGAAAAAGGGUGACACCCAUGAAAGCAGCGACUCGGAAAGUGAUGAAGAAGCCGAGAAAAAGAAAAAGUUGCUUGAAGCUCUUCAAGCUGAAGAAAAGCGUCUCCGGCAAGUUGACCGUCUUAUGAGUUUGGACGAAAGGAAACGACCUUACAAUAGUAUGGUGGAAAGUAAAGCGCCGAACGAGGAGGAACUAGAAGCCUAUUACAUGAAGCGUAAACGAGAAGAAGAUCCAAUGGCUUUCUUUUAAUUUGGUUUUCGAAUAAAAAUGUAUUCUUUCACUUUUUUCAUUUUUUUUUUUAUUCGGGAGAAGUCUCCGAAUGUGUUGUAUGACUUAUAUCUUAGCAUCGUGACCAUGUAUGGCUUACGCCACAAUCGUACCACCGGAUUAGAUAUAAGUUGUCUCAUUUUGAAGCUAAUAAUGAAUAAAUGUUGAAAUAGAAUA